UGACAGAAUGCUGGAACCACCAAACUUCCCUUGGUUGCCUUCUUCAUCUUCUUCUUCCUCCCCUUUCCCGCGAAAGGGCCACUCCCGCUGCAUCCUCGACGCCUACCCAGCUAUCCUCAUCUCCUCCUCCAUUAAACUCCAGCCCUCGCCCCCUUUUUAAAUCCACCGACCAAACUUCCUGAACCUUGCCAACAGUACAGAGGCCUCGCUUGUUCAUCUUCGUCUCGGCUCUGCCUGAACCUUAGCGCCAUGGACGGCAGUGGUGUGCGCCGGAUUUAAGCUUUGUUUAGGCUGAUGGGUCUUCAUGCUUCGGUUCAUCUUCGUCUCGGCUCUGGAGUUCUUGUAAGCAGUGGACGAAACGAUGAAACUUGAAGUGAAGAACUGAAGAUCCUGUUGAGUUGGUGGUUGGUACAUUUCAAGUGAAGAACUGAAGAAUCGUAGAGGGAACAAUGUCGGAGAUGGAAGGAGCUCUGAGAUCCUGCAUGGAGCAGCUGCUCAUCGCCAGGGAGGAGCGGGAGCAGAUCAUCGUGGAGGCGGCCAGCGAGAUCUCCUCGGAGAAGAAGAAAGCGCGGGAGCUCCAGCGGAAGCUCGACGCCGCGACCAAGAAGGCCGCGAAGCUCGCCGCCGAGAACAGCAGCCUCGCCAAGGCCCUCGACGCCAAGGACGCGGCGAUCGGCGAGCUGAGGGAGUCCAAGUCGGCCUCCGACGGCGAGCUCGCCGGCGCGAGGGCGAGGCUGGACGCGGCGCAGAAGCAGGCGGCGUCGCUGCAGUACGAGGUGCGGAUGCUGCAGAAGGAGCUGGAGAUCAGGGGCCAGGAGCGGGAGUACGACCUCCAGUCCGUCGACGCGUCGCGCCGGCAGCAGGCGGAGAGCCAGAAGAAGAUCGCGCUGCUGGAGGGCGAGUGCCAGCGGCUGCGCGCCAUGGUGCGGAAGCGCCUCCCGGGCCCCGCCGCCAUCGCCAAGAUGAGGGACGAGGUGGACCAGCCGGCGACACCCAGAAGGUCGCGCUCCGUGGCGCCGAUGUCGCCGCGGUCCGUGGCGCCGGCGGCGCCGAUGACACCCAUGUCGACGUCGGCGCGGCCGAUGACUCCCACCAUGUCAGCGCGGCCAAUGACGCCCAUGUCGGCGCGGCCGAUGACGCCGCGCCGUGCCGCCGCGGCGGAGCACGAGACGCCCGCGGCGGCGGCCAAGCUGCGCGCCGUCGAGGACGAGAACAAGGCGCUGAAGCAGACGCUGGCGAAGAGGGACGCCGAGCUGCAGUUCGUGCAGAUGAAGUACGCCGACGAGGCGUGCAAGCUCUCCGUGCUGCAGCGGCAGCUCAGCGAGCUGACCGAGGAGAACAAGCAGCUGAGCGACGCCCAUGGCCAGACGGAGUCGUGGGCCUCCGCGCUGAUCUCCGAGCUGGAGCAGUUCAGGGCCGCGAAGCUGCAGGGAGCAGCAGCAUCUGAGAUGAGCUUGCUCGACGAUUUCGCCGAGAUCGAGAGGUUGGAGAUGGCUUCAGGUGGCCAAGGAUUGAGAUCGCCCAAGAAUGCGCAUUCGGAAGCGAUUUCUUCAGAGAAGAAUGAUAAAGACACUGUCCUAGAAAAUGGUAUCUCUAUCUCCAAUGGCCAGCCUGAAUGGGUUCAGGAUAUGUGCAAGCUUGUGAUGCAGAAGCAUGAAACCAGUGGGGAAAACAUUGACACAAUUCUUGAGGAGAUAACUCGUGCAUUGGAUCAGAGUGCUAAUAAUCAGAAAGGAGAUGAUUUGAAUGGAUCAUAUGACUGGAGCAUAAUGAAGGAAAUGGUGUUCAGCCUGACUGAAAAGAUCACCUCUGUUAUUGGCAUAUCUGAAGAAGGCAAUGUUGCAAGUUCUCAAAAAUUGCUGCUUGACAGGUCUGAAUUUUGUGCUCGCCUUGAGCAUUUGGUCCAUGUCUGUCAUGAUCUACUGCAUGGUAAAACUGACCUUGAAAAGUUUGUGCAUGAGGUUUGUUUGGUUCUAGAGUAUAUAAUCAACCAGUACAAGAAUAUAUCAUUCCAAGAACAACCAGACACUGUGAAUAAUAAUACAGAGAAUUUGGAUGGAGAGGAAUCAUUUGGUAACAUGAAUGGUGGAUGUGACAUAAAAAGUCCGAAAUCAUCAUCUGCUCCAGACAUACAAACUGAAGCACUGGAAGAAUCAAUUCAGUCGGUAGAAGGCCGAAAAACAGAUCAUAUUUUGGUUAACCAAGAAGAGAGUCAACUUGAUGAAGAACUCACAAGAGUUAUACUAGACCAGGACGAGAAAAUCAGUCAGGAGAACUCAGCAUCCUGUGAGAUAGAAAGCCCCCAUGAUCAUCCAAGUGCUGAAACCCUGGCAGAGAAAGAGGAAAAGCAUUUAGCAUCAAGUUCAGAGAUAUCAGCAGCGGCUGAGAAGCUUGCAGAGUGUCAGGAAACCAUCACAAAUCUAAGCAGGCAGCUGCGAGCUCUCAAGAGUCCGGCGGUUUCAGGCAAUCUAGACAGCCCAAUGUCCAACUCCAGACCAAGCUCAUCUGACUACAAGCCCCAGUCACUUGCAUGCAUUCUUGCUGAAGGGGAGGACUCCAGCACUGAGGAUGCCAUUUCUCCUGCAACCAAAGAGGUGCACUCCAAGAAAGAGCCUGAUGCUGCAUCACGGAAAAGCGUAGCACAAGAUGGUAGUGUUAAUGCUGCCCUCAAAGCUGUCGAAGAGGAAUUAACACAAACCGUUGUUCAUCCGAUCUUCCCAGAGCCAUCCCAAGAGAUUAUUUCUGCUGAUCUCAAGAAGAAGAGACGGAGCCCCAGCUUGCUGGGCAGGAUAAUGUUCAGAAAGAAAGUGGAAGGCAGCUAGGUCAUGCUGCUGAUCUGGUGGAUGCACUGUGCUGGUAAAAGCUUGCAAAAUCUAGUAGCGCUCCACCACUAUGCUGUCACUGGAGAUUUCGACUUUGAACGAACGAGCUUGUUCUGUUUGUUGAGCAUUCCUGUUCCUUAGGGUGCAACCUUUUUGGACACGUAUUCUGUCACAGAGACUGAUGACUUGUGGUAAGAGACUCUGAGCACAUGAUCUGUAUCGGUUUUCCUUGACAUGGACAAAUUUUCUUUUUGUAUUUAUGGCCUCCAUGGUUGUGUAAAUGUUAAUUUAAUAAGUUAAAAAUUUGUUCUUGUUCACUGGAAUACGUACAUGCAAUUCUUUUUUUC